AUGGAAGUAAAGAAAAAAACAACACCAACACCAUAUGUUCGCAAAUUGAGACUUCAUUGGACUUUAAUUAUUGUAAGCCUCCCAUUUUUCGUGGGUUCUAGUUUUAUACUCUAUAAACGAGUGAUAUUGGGACAUGAUAAAAGGAAAAUACAAAAAGAACCAACGUUAGAAGUUUUAAUUAACGAAAUAGGAAAUGAAAAUUCUCAAGUUGAAAAAACAAAAGAAUGA